AUCCACGAGGGAAUCAUCCCGUCGACAAGCCUCCAAACCGUUCUACGAUCCCCCGCUAUCUGUCUCGUCCUCAUCAUCAAAGUUCCGAAUUGCUCCUGUCAUCGGUCCGUCGUCCACAGAUGGAGCUUUCAAGGCAUGGAUUCUUCAGGUUCUAGUCCCAAAUAAUCUUCCUUCUCAGGCAGUGACCAGGCCACAACUCCACAAGACAAGGCGAGCUACAACUAACAUGCAUACACAAACACGAGUACAUACAUAUUCCUAGCCAGGAAAAUUCCGCCUUUUCUUCUUCCUCUUCCCGCCAUGCCAUGCCGAUUAUUCUGGACCUGACAUGACAUGACAUGACAUGCGUGCAUGAUUGGUCUUGAUCGGGCGCAUGCGCGAUUGGAAUGGAGGCAUCCAAUUCCAGCACUCAACCUGCCACCUCCUCCUAUUACUACCGCCCCGUCCUUGUCAGCGUCAGAUGAGCAGCGCGCGGUCGUGGUUCGACGACGCUGCGGCUGCGGGGGCGUCAUCCUCCUCCUCCUCCCCCUCGUCGUCUGGUCUGCGGCGGCGUGCAUGGCGCGGAUCAUGCCGCGGCGUAUCGACGACUCGCGCCUCCUCUUCGGCGUCUUCUUCACCUACCAAGACACGCUUGACUGCAAGCUAGUCGCCAGCAGGAUCACCUGCUGAUCGAUCCACACAGCCACAGCUAGCCUAGUGCUAGGCUGCUAGCUAGUGGAGUAGCAGUAGUACUUAAGCCAUGUCGAGCCAACGGCGGCCGGAGAUGUCACCGGCGGCGAGGAACAACGACAAUGGAUACGUCGAGACCGACCCCACUGGUCGCUACGGCCGGUUGGACGAGCUCCUGGGCAAGGGAGCGAUGAAGUCGGUGUACAGGGGGUUCGACGAGGUGCGCGGCGUGGAGGUGGCGUGGAACCAGGCCAACCUCGCCGACGUCCUCCGCACCCCGGACGCCCUGCAGCGCAUGUACUCGGAGGUCCACCUCCUCAGCACGCUCCGCCACGACUCCAUCAUCGCCUUCCACGCCUCGUGGGUCUCCGUCUCCUCCCCCUCCCCGCGCGCCGGCUGCGCCCCCCGCCGCACCUUCAACUUCAUCACCGAGCUCUUCUCCUCCGGCACCCUGCGCGCGUAUCGCCUCCGUUACCCGCGCGUCAGCCUCCGCGCCGUCCGCGGCUGGGCGCGCCAGAUCCUCCGGGGCCUCGCCUACCUCCACGCACACGACCCCCCCGUCAUCCACCGCGACCUCAAGUGCGACAACGUCUUCGUCAACGGCCACCAGGGCACCGUCAAGAUCGGCGACCUCGGCCUCGCCGCCGUGCUCCGCGGCGCCCAGGCCGCCCACAGCGUCAUCGGCACGCCAGAGUUCAUGGCCCCCGAGAUGUACGACGAGGACUACGACGAGCUCGUCGACGUCUACUCCUUCGGCAUGUGCAUGCUCGAGAUGCUCACCGUCGAGUACCCCUACGCCGAGUGCUCCAACCCCGCGCAGAUCUACAAGAAGGUCACCUCCGGCAAGCUGCCCGACGCCUUCUACCGGGUCGAUGACGCCGACGCGCGCAGGUUCAUCGGCAGGUGCCUCGUCCCCGCCUCCCACCGCCCCUCCGCCCAGGAGCUCCUGCUCGACCCUUUCCUCUCCACGCAGGACACCACCAUGACGCUGUCACCGCCUCCAUUGCUGCCUGCCUUGCCCGCAUCCGGUGACCAGAAGGAUAGUCCGGACAAGGCAGAGCCGGUGGCAGCAAUGACUGACAUGACCAUCACCGGCAAGCUCAACACCGACGACGACACCAUCUUCCUCAAAGUGCAGAUCGUCGACGAAGCAGGCCAUUCGAGGAACAUCUACUUCCCGUUCGACAUCGCCGGCGACACAGCGACGGAGGUGGCGAGGGAGAUGGUGAAGGAGCUGGACAUCACCGACCGGGACCCCUCAGAGAUAGCCGCCAUGAUCGAGGAGGAGAUCAUGAGGCUAGUACCGGACUGGGUGGGCGGUGGCUGUGAUGAUCAGCAGGAGUACUAUACGUACGCGGAUAAUGACGACAAUGAGGAGCAGCCUCCUUUCUACUACCUCUCCUCUUCCCCGACCUCUUCCAACGGCUCUCACUCUGGCGUAGGGCCCACAACAUCAGGUGGCUGGUUCCAAGAUUACGCUGUGAGCAGCGACGACGACGAGACGAGCUCCACGCGCUCUGCGCUGCACUACUCCUCCGAAGAGGCCCAGCCCGAAGAGAAGCCUGGCGUCUCCAAGACGGGCCAGGUGAAGGCCACCAGAUUCGGCCCAGGAGACAUCGGCCCAGGAGGAGGACACGACGUGUCGUCGUCGUCGUCGCGCGCCGACCGGCCGCGGCACCACCGCGGGAGCCCCGACGCCGGCGGCGAGGAGGGGCGGCCGCGCAGGCAGCAGGGCCGUAUGACGAGGAACCGGUCGAUGGUGGACGUGCGGAGCCAGCUGCUGCACCGGACGCUGGUGGAGGAGCUCAACAAGCGCAUGUUCUUCAACACCGUCGGCGCGGUCGAGAACAUCGGCUUCCGCCGCAUCCCCGGCUACGGCGGCGGGCCAUCGUCCUCGUCGGCGACGGUGUCGUCCUCGCGCGGGGGCGACCAGCGCGGCCGGAGAGGUGGCAAGGACAAGCACCAGUUCUUCAUGUUCUGAGCAGAUUGAUUACUUUGCUCCAUCCUUGGUAUUGUACUGUACGUAGUACAGUAGCAUAUAUGCAGAUGUGUAGUGAUUAGUUCUUGUGUCGAUCGUGUGUACAUAUAUACCGCUGCGGCCAGCAGGUGCAACCACACAGCUGCAGCUGCUUACGCGAGUGUACGUAUACGUACAUAACACAACGCGGAACUAUCCAUGUAUAUAUAUUUGAUUUUGUACCGGAGAUUGAAACCUGAAACAAUUAAAUGGAUCCGAUGUCAGCUGUUCCUGAUCA